AUGUCGCGCAUAUUACAUUUGGUGCACGCACUUUUGCCAAGCCAGCAUGUCACAAACUUGGGAAAUUCAGCAAGUUCGCCGAAGUUCUUUAUGGGUCAGUGUUUUUAUGAAAUUCGCGUAUCACGUAACUUUCUUAUUGCAUUCGUCUUGAUUUCAUAUUUCGUAUUCUAUUGCUUCGAGAAAUCGAAACAGUAUGGAAUAAAUAAAUUUUCCGUUUCUAUCCAUGCCUCACAAUUAUUUCUUUACGAAUAUUUUUAGGAAAUUUCAGACUAUUCGUUUCAUUUAAGGGAAGAAGUUGCACAUUUUAUACGUCCUACGUAUAUGUUGCAUACAAUCGUCAAAGUGAACACACGAAACUUUAUGUUCCUUUGAAUAUAUUCAUAAAGCUAUAAAAUUGCACAAAUAUCCGCCGUCUAUCCACGAUUCACGCCUGCCUCUCUCUAUCAAGAAUCAUUUCAAGAGAAACUUUUCUCACCAUAUGGAAGCAGUCGAUAACGAUAUUCUUUUCACUCGCAGUCAACGUCGUUCGCGCUUCGAUUCUCGGAGGAAGUUGAGUAGAAAGAGAUUUUCCAGGGGAAUAUAAAAUAGCAGAUUUUACAAAGUUGCUCGAAAUGAAUUGAAUUUCUCCCUGUUUUCGUUGACGUUUGUAUCCUCGAACAGUCUUGCGACAAAAUGAAAUAUCAUCGUCGUACAGUGGCCAUGUCUAAUAACAGUCUUUGCGUAAAUCUAUGUUCAUUGUUCCAAUCUGUUAAACAUUUCCAUGCUUUCUCGCUGUGCAGAUUCCAUUCAAGUAGUAACUCGUUCGACUGAUGAAUGAAUUAGAAACAUGAAAUCGAUGUAUCUCGUGCUAUGCAAACGGAAGCGACCGUGUGCGAUUUAUUACGUUUGAAAUAUAGUGGGCUCUUUCGUGUUCGCGGAUUUAAUAUCCGCGACUGGCAAAGCACUUAAGUAUUUCCAUGAAUUUUUUCAUUAGAGAGUGGUCAUAAAUUUCCAGAUAAGUUUCGAAAAAUAAUGUUGAUCAAUAAUGUCGAUUGAUCUAAUUGUAAAAGUAUUUUAGUGAGAGUUAACUUUGCGAUCUGUAAUUAUUUUCAUAGUGUACUUCAGUAAGUCCGCACUUAAAUUGGAAGGAAUGGGGGAAAAAAAAUAUUUGCUUUUCCAAUAAAAAUAAAAGAUAAACUUAAUUGUAACCUAUUGGUAUUCAUUGAUAUUCUGUCGAAGUAAAAUCCUCGUUCAAACAGAUUGGAUACUGGAUUUAUUAGACACAGAACUGCAGAGGAUUAAAACAUAUCCAUGCGCGAUUAUGCCCUUAUAUGUAUAAUAAAUCACAAUAAUAAUAAACUAAAAAAAUUAUAUAAUACAAAAGAUACGUGGCAUAAUAAGAUUCACUACCACUCGUGGAUACGUGUUGGGGUUCUGCUGCAUUCACGCAGAGGAAAUAGUAGUUUAGUAGGAGAAUAGGCAGAUCAACGUCCGAAUCUAUCCACCCAGUUGGUGCGACAAUCAGGGCGUGUUAGCAGGGCCGGUAGCCUCCAAGUGCAACGAACUUGUAAAAGCAAGGAUUUCGCACAUUCCUUACUCGGGAGCAUAGCAUUACUCGUAAGUUUCGCAAUAACACGUAUCGUUCGAACAGCGAUUCCAGUGAAUCAGAUCGUGAUGCGUUGAACCUUAGUAUUACUGACCGAGCGAAUUUCGACGUGCCCCUCUACCAUAGUUGUAAUCCAUAUGUAGGUUGUUCUUCUAAUUUUAUCGGAGAAUCGUUCCUCUCCUCGGUCUUAAUCGUAAAUAACGUAACUUGCGUGAGAUUGCUAGAUCUGCAUCGAAACUGCCCGACCUUUACUUUCUACACAACCGCUUUAUCGAUCGAAAUUUCUUGUAACGCGUCGCGUCUCGAUAUCGAAGGUAACGAGGCUGUAAUUCUCUGCUCUGGAAACUGUCCAGGUUGCGUAUUCGGUACGUGAUGCCGGCGGCGCACCUGACGCUGCGCGAGGAGGAUGUGGUACGACUGACCUUGGAGUUCCUCCACAGCCGCGACCUUCACAUCUCGCAGCUCUCGUUGGAACGGGAGACCGGCGUGAUAAAUGGCCAGUACAGCGACGACGUCCUGUUUCUUCGUCAGCUGAUCCUCGACGGGCAAUGGGACGACGUGCUCGAGUUCAUUCAGCCGUUGGAGGCGUUGCCGGACUUCGACAUGAGAAAGUUCACCUACUCGAUCCUCAGGCACAAGUACGUGGAGCUGCUGUGCAUCAAGUCCGAGGCGAACCUGAUCGCCGCCGGCACGAACGGCAGCGUCGACAACGCGGUCGAGGAGGUGGUGAAGGUAUUGAGCGACCUCGAGAAGGUCGCGCCAUCCAAAGAGGAGUACAGCAGCUUGUGCCUGUUGCUGACGCUGCCGCGGCUCACGGACCACCUGCAGUAUAAGGAUUGGAAUCCGAGCAACGCGAGAGUUCAAUGCUUCCGCGAGGUGCACCCGUUGGUCGAGAAGUUUCUGCCUGGCGACAGAAAGAGCACCGACCCCGCACAUCCCGUCACCUCCGCGAAGAACGAUCGGCUCAUACAGCUGAUCAUCAAGGGCAUUUUGUACGAGUCUUGCGUGAAUUACUGCCAGGCUAAAGCUACCGGCUCGAAGGAGAGUGAACAGGUGGAAAUGAAUUUCUCGAGACUGCUAGACGGCUCGGUCGGUUUCAGCGAUUCCGACCUAAGUCUACUUUCUUGGCUGCAGAGUAUACCGCCUGAAACGUUCGCCGUACCAUUCGCUCAACGAACGUUAAACGUGGACGUGGAACGACUAGAACGACCGUCGUUGGAGACCUCGUGGACGGAACACAUGUUGAUCACCCCCAUAAAGCCGAAAACGUUCCCGCAUAGCGCGAUGCCGUUCACCAGACCAAGAUCCGCCGCUGACAUGAUGUCUCGCAGUUUAGUGCCCGCUUUAGAAGCUGGACUUGGACCAAGGAGCCCCGGGCCUAAAAAUACACCGAUACCAUCUGCGGCGCUAAUGGCUCUGUCCACCGGUGAUAUAAACCCGAUGUCGAGAUCAUCUUUCGCGAGCUUUCAUCUAACCGGUUUUAAGAAUAACAAAUUAAUGAACACGAGCGUGGACAGACUCUUUGAGAACGAGGGUGACGUCUUUCUUAGCUCGAGCUACGCCGAGUUUCAGCAGCUGCCUUCCAUACAAGAGACAACGACCAACAGCCAGCCGAAAGCUCCACCGAGGACCAGAGGACAAUCGAAGAGUCCCGAGGGUAUCAAAGCCGAGCCUUCCGCGGCUUCCACGCCAGAACGUAGAAUCGCGGGCAGAGAAUCUCCCGCUCCAUCGACGGCCAGAAGUUCCAGAAGAGACUCUCUGGCAGAGAAGCCAACUGGAGUGGCAGCGAAGAUCACGGAACCCACCGCGAUCCCUGUUCGAGCUUCCUUAGGCGGAGAACAUCUCGAACAAAGUUACAACGGCGACCUGUUCAAGGAGUAUCAAAAGCAGAAGCAAAGGCUGCAGGAGAAGUUCCAGCAAAGAGAAAGGGAAUGGGACGAUCUGGUCAGACAGUUGUCGACUCCGUUGCCCCCCCAAGUGGUCGACAACAGACUUCAGGGAGACGGGUAAGUGAACGUUUUAUUAUCUCCGCGACUGUCAUCUCACGUCUCUGCUGUAAUUUCAACGUGAUAAAUCGUCGCUCUGUAACUCGAUGGUUCUUUCCUUUUUUUUUUUUUUUUUUUUUGUUUCUGUGAAAAAAGCUAGAUCGGUAAACGAUCGGGGAACAGUGAGACAAAAGCGUAUUGUCCGGUGUGGCGUUUCGGUGCGCUGCUAUUAUUCAGCGACCGGAAUGCCGACGAUUAUCAAACACGGGGCGAUCGGGAGAAAGAAAACAGGGUACUUCGAAUUAACGUUGGCUCGUUUCCCAACGAGUUACUCGCGCGACACAAUCCAGAGAAAUACUGUUGUUUUCCGCGCGGUGUCUCGCGAGUUCUACAGAGCAUAGUCAAUCAAACUCAGCGAGUAGUUGGCUACAUUCUCUAACAGAUGGCAGCAAAGGAAUGCCUUUGUCGAUGCUUAUUAUGGUACUAAAGUGCGGGCCGAGAAUAACUUGUUCGGUCUAGACAUCGGCGUGUGGCGCCGAUCGAAAUAGCAACUCACUGGGAAACGUUUGAAAGGUACUGUGAUUUUUUUUUAACGAUUCGACAACGAUUCGACCUUUUACGUUUGCUCUUUUAUUGGAGCUAUGUAUUUUUUUUUUUUUUUUUUGCGAUACUUCACAGAGGAUGUACAGAGAGAGUAUGGAUUUGUAAUGUAACUUGAAAUGUCUUCAGGGAUUAUUUUUGUAAAGAAGUAUUCACACUUAAUUGGAAAGAUGUUCCUUUUUUGAAAGUUAUCGACCUGUAGCUCCGAACUUUGUUUUCCCACGAGCGUAUACAGGGACGGCUCCACCGUAGACAAAUCAGUAACGGCGGGAAGUCAUCCCUCGUGAGUGUCGUGCACAUUCCUUUUCGUGAACGAAUAAACGGUCCCGGCUGUAUCCUCGUAAAUGUCUUGUAACGAGCUAAAAUUAUCACCACGCCGAGAUGUCAAGUGCAAUGUAUCUUUUCUGCAAAGGCAUAUCGGUCGCAUCCGGUGGUAAUAAUUGAAGUAGUCUUUAAGGACCUUGUGAACCCUCCAUGCUAGAUCUAUUUUAUCAAAGAAACUGCUUCAAAUGCCUUUUUAAAAAUUAUUAUCAGGCAUCUAUUGUGAUUCAGUACGAUGUAAAACAAGCAGCACCUUGA